AUGGGUCCCCCUACUGCCGGUACAUCUUCUGCUGCUGCGGUGCCGGCAAGCUUUACAUUCGAGCCGUUCAAUGCCGCAACAUCCAAAUUCGAUCGAUGGUUGGAGCGGCUUGAGAUUUCUUUCCGGAUUUUCAAGGUGCAAGACAACGACCGGCGCGACUAUUUGCUACAUUAUAUGGGAGCUGCUACCUACGACAUCCUUUGUAGCAAGCUCAAAACCGAAGCUGCCGAAACGAAAAGCUACAAGCAGAUUGGAGACCUGCUGAAACGCCAUUUCAAUCCGGAACCAUUGGAAAUUCUGGAAAAUUUCAAGUUCAGCCGUCGGAAUCAGCACGACCAGGAAUCACUUAGUGACUUCCUGACGGACCUCGAGAAGCUGGCCCAAACUUGCAACUUUGGGGAUCAUCUGGAUACUGCUCUUCGCAACCAGUUCGUUUUCGGGUUGUCCAACCGGGUAAUCCAGUCACGUCUUCUGGAAGUCCGUGACCUUACGCUUGCCAAAGCUAAAGACAUUGCUUUUGGCAUGGAAAUGUCCCAACGGGGAACCAACGAGAUGAAGGGUUUGGUUCCAACUUCUGCUGUCCAACAAAUCGAGCACGGGAAGAGGAAAUUCAAAAAGUCAAAUGUUCCUCGCCAGCCGGUUUCCCCAACAACAUCCAAGGACAAACCGUCAGCCAGCCUAGAAGGAGGUGCCAAAUGCUACCGUUGUGGCGAUUCGAAACAUUUCGCCAACACUUGCAAAUAUCAGUCCACCAAAUGUAGAGCUUGCGGCAAGAAGGGACACUUGGCCAAGGUGUGUCAAUCAUCGAAGCAAAGUUCCAGUAGAACCAAGACGGAUGCACACCACAUCGAAGAAACUGUGUUGGUUAAAGAUAUUCUCCACCUGCGAAGUACUCUGGGUUUCGCUGAUAAGUUUCUGCUGGAUCUGCUGGUCAACGGGAGGAAGUUGACAUUCGAGUUGGACACUGGUUCACCUGUUUCUUUGAUUAGUGCCCGGGAUAAGAGAUGUUAUUUCAAGGACGUGACGCUACAACCGACAGAUACUAAAUUGGACGGUAUCGGGAAAAUUGUCGGAGUUCAAGCGUCGCUUAACAUUCGUCCUGAUUCAAGUGCAGUCUACAUGAAGGCGCGUCCGGUUGCGUUCGCGGUACGUGAUGCAAUUGAUCGAGAAAUUGAUAGGCUAGUAGCAGAUGGGGUUUGGGAGAAAGUUGAGCGUUCCGAGUGGGCAACACCUGUUGUACCAGUACUCAAGACAGGUGGUAGAGUUAGACUUUGCGGUGAUUAUAAAAUCACAAUUAAUCCUUGCUUAUUGGUCGACGACCAUCCGUUACCAACAGUAGAAGAACUGUUUGCUUCUGUAGCAGGAGGAGAAAAGUUUUCUAAGUUAGAUUUAUCACAAGCAUACUUGCAGUUGGAGGUUCGCCCCGAGGAUCGGGAACUUCUUACUCUUUCUACUCACAGGGGAUUAUUCCGCCCAACGCGUUUAAUGUACGGUGUGGCCUCCGCGCCUGCUGUAUUCCAAAGAUUAAUGGAGCAAAUAUUGCAAGGAAUUCCGGGGGUGACCGUGUUUAUUGAUGAUGUUCGCAUUAGUGGUCCUGACGACAAAACGCAUCUACUUAGAUUGGGAGAAGUUCUUCAGCGUAUUGAAAAGCAUGUUUUAGCUACUGAUGCAUCGCCAUACGGGGUCGGUGCGGUUCUCAGUCAUCAGUUUCCUGAUGGGACUGAGCGACCACUGCAAUACGCGUCACAAACACUUACGCAAACACAACAGCGAUACUCUCAAGUGGACAAGGAGGCGUAUGCUAUCAUAUUUGGCAUUCCUAGGGAAUACGUUAACGCGAACAAGUGGGAAUUCGGUAGAAUUAUGCAACGUUUAGGCAAGCUACAUUACUUAGUUGAGUUGGACGACGGUCGUAAAUGGAAACGUCACAUAGAUCAGUUACGCAGCGUUGGUUCAGGGGUACAGAGCUCUUCAACGAACGAAUUUUUUGAUCGCGGUGAAAAUGUUGAUGAUAAUGUCGCAAUAACAACCCAUGCUAGUAAAAAUGACCUUUAUGACAUUCCUGAUCUUGAUAAUAACGUUGCUCAUCCUGGACAAUUUAGUAGUUCUGCAGCUGAACCAGUGACCGAUCCGGGUGAACAUACUGAGUCCAAGCGACUGGUGUUUCCUGCAGGUGCUUCAGCGGGCGAAGGAUUGCGACGUUCGGUGAGGACUAUCAAACCACCACAGCGACUGGAUCUCUAG